GCGGCCGUUGUCAGCGACCGGCGCAACCAUGGCCUUCCGCAGGACAGACUUGCUCCGGACGUUGGUGCAGAAGCCGAACGUCAGCAAGCCCACGACGAAGGAUCAGGAGAUAGAGGCCUGGUCCGACUGGAAGCAUGGGACUCAAGAACUACCUCCUCGGACGCGAAGUACGUGCAGGAGAUGGACACCAUCGAGGGCGACCCUUCCAGGCCUUCUUCGAUUUCUACGAUGGCAGAUGACACAAAGCGGUGGGCAAGGGAACUGUGUUCCAUUUUGGUUUCCGUCAUGCAAGGGCGCCCAGCCAACAUUGCCCGCGGGAUUCUGGACCAAAACGGCUAUGAAGCGUGGCGCAACCUCACUUUGGAGAUGCAGCCUAGCAGCCGACAGCGCCAACUGGCGCUGAUGGCCCAACUUUCCGCGGCCCGCUGCGACCCCGCGAAGUCGCUCUCGGAGCAGGUGACGCGCUACGAUUGCCGAGUAUGUGCCGAGGACUUUGCCGCCGCGGGUGCCCAGAGUGACGUUGACCGAGGAGAUGCAGCAGCCUGUCGUCACCUUCUAGAUGCCCGACCCUGGUACGACGCGAAUUUCUUCAAAGCAGGGACCAUGCGCUUCCAAAGCGUGUCUGGGCAGUGGCUGCAGGUGGAGAACAGCGCAGACUACGUCAAUCAGCCCAAUCCGUUCACUCUUGCCAGCAGGCAGCCGAAGCCCCGAAUUGCAAUGGUUUCGUCCUCGCCGUUUUCUGUGGACUUCUUCCCAGAGAGCGGGGUGCCACCAAAGCCAAGCGAGGAGCUGCUAAGGUUGAGCCCCGGCCAGCCUCGAGCAGUGCAGCGAGACGCAGAACACCGAGAACGAGAAUCCACAGAACACCAGGGACGAGACGCAGAACACCAAGGACGAGAACCCGCAGAACACCAUGGUCCUCAACACGAUGUAGAUGAGCAGGGCAGGGUGCCACCUGGUCUGGAGCAGGACGAGCUUGAAGCCUAUGUUGCCAACAGCGUGGCCCAGCAGCUCCAGGAAAUCGACCGCAGGGACGCACUGCCGAGAUCACAGCCCGACGGUCCGCCAAGCGCCGAGGAGGUAGCAGCGCACAAUCUUACCCACGUGCCUUUUCGAAGAUGGUGUGAGGGUUGCGUGGCAACGCGCAGCCGAGGCGAUGCACAGUCUGCUGGUGCGAAUCGCGAGACCAGGGUGCCGGUGGUGCGGAUCGACUUCUACUUCACCUCCCUCGACGACCAUGCCAGGCCCGCGGGACAGGGCCUGUUGUUUGAUUGGAGUGGAGCAAUGAUGCUCGCCCGGGCCGCAGAGGAAGUCACCAGGCUCACCAUCUCUUUGCACGGCAAGGAGGCCACCAUCCUGCAAUCCGACGGGCAGCCCAUCAAGGCGGUCAGGGCCGCGAGGCCAGUGCAGCACCACGGUGGUGGGAGCCAGAGCAAUGGAGGAGCCGAGCAGACGGUGAGGCGGCUUGGGACCUUUGCCACGCCGAGCCCAAGGCCGGGACCUUCGCUGUGGGCGCAGGUGCAUGGAGCUUUCUUGUACAAUGUGAUGCCGGGCGGUGAGAUGACAACCUACGGCCACAUCCAGAGCGAGAGCCUGCGCCGAGCCACUGCCGAGCAGCAGCUUGCAGCACAAGAAGUCGACGACCUGUGCAGCACCGGGUGGCGCUGGAGUAAGGACCACGUGGAGGCCAUUGCCGUUGCCGGGGCAGCCCGCAAAAAGGGCACAGACACGGACUGCUCAGACGACCUGAGGCCGGCCGACCCCAAGACGGCCGAGCUGAAAGCAAGCAACCGGGACCACGGUGACAGCCCAGCAUCAAAACGCGCCUGGGAAAGCACUGAGCUAAGCCCCGAGGACCUCGCCGAGCUCGACGACCAGGCGGAGAUUGAGGAGCUCACCCGGCUAGAAGGUAUGGAGGUGCUUGAGUACCGGGUUCGUGAAGACGUGGAAGAAGACACCUUCAGCCCGGCGAGUGUGGCCACAUUGGCGUGGCUGGUGCCGCUCCUGGCGCAGAAGUGGGGGGCACCGAUCUACAUUAUGGACGUUAAGGUCCCGACCCUCUACCCAAAUGCAUCCUUUGAGAACAUGGCCGCCGCGAGCGCUACGCAGGCCAGGUGCGCGCGACAUGAUGAAGCGACUGGCUGA